UGUGAGGUGCUGAUUAAUUUUCAGUACGCUUUCCUACCAUCGAUCGACGUUCUCCGCACUCGACAUUUAGACUCGCUCUACGGCCCUGUGAGCGGAUAGCAGUGCCUGCGUAUUUAUUUCAGCUUUCAAAGUGGAAGAUGGCUACUGGUCGAGGCGCUUCUGGUAUAGGAGGUGCUCCGUCUUCUUCCACCAGCGGGACAAACAGCUGUGUUGCAAAAGGUUUGGAUAUCAGUUUGGCGGCUCUGCAGCGACUCGACUGCUGCAUUAACAGGAUCGUAGAUGUGGCUAGUCAGGUGGCCCUGUAUACUUUCAACCAUCGCGCAAACGAGUGGGAAAAGACUGAUGUUGAGGGGACUCUGUUUGUUUAUACCAGAUCAACAUCACCUCAACAUGGCUUCACCAUUAUGAAUCGGCUUAGUAUGGAUAACCGAACAGAGCCAAUCACCAAAGAUCUUGACUUCCAGCUGCAAGACCCAUUUCUCCUGUAUAGAAAUGCAUGUUUGUCAAUAUAUGGAAUAUGGUUCUAUGACAAAGAGGACUGUCAACGAAUUGCAGGACUUAUGAAAAAAUUAACAAACCAAGAGAAGACUGAAGUACAUCAAGAUGAUAGCGCCUCUCACAAAAAUAUGCACCCAAGAGACAGAAAAAGUGCAGACAUCUUGCAGUUGCUAAUCAAGGCCAAAGAUGAUUAUGAGAAGUGCAAGUUAAGUUUGGAGCCAAAGGAGAUUGCUGCCACUAAUGUCAUCUUUGAUAAUCCUAACUUGAUUAAGCCUAUUCCUGUGAAGCCCUCAGUGAUGCAUUCAAUUUCUGUGCGCCAGUCAUAUAAGGAGGACACUUUUGGAACAAAGUCUUUGUCACUGGCAGGACUUUUUGGAACUCCUGAAGGCCAGUUUUCAGUGAAGCGUGAUUCAAGACUGCAGACAGAUAGACUGAAAACUGGUAGCUGUCCAAGAAUUGUUCGAUCUCUUUCUUAUGAAGAACAAUUGCAUGUGGCCAAGCCAACAUCUAAUAAUAAUCCUAUUCCUUGUCCUGCCAUCAAGAAACUAAUGAACCACAGAGCAGUGACUGAGCUACAACCACUUUCAGAAUCUCCUGAAAAUAAACUUUCUGAAAACAGCACCACUCAGUUGCCAUCUUCUGUUCCCUGCACCACUAAGGGGCCUCUUGAACACCUGUUCCAUCCACACCUCACUUGUUAUGCAGAUCGGCCUAUGGAGCUUCAAGAAUCCCCAACUAUAAUUAAGAAACUUCAUGGAGCAAACACUGGUGUAGGAGAUUGCGACAAUGGACGCAGUAGUAACAGUCCACCCAAGAAUCUGUCUCCACAGGCUUCUCAUUUGCCUUCUUUGCUACCACCCUUUGUGCCCGGAGUGGUUUCUCCACAUAGGCUGCUUGAAAAACUGCAAAUAGUGCACCAGGAACAGAAUCUUGACAAGAUAUCCAAACCUGUUCUAGCAGCUAGUUUCAGUGGUCCAGUCACUCAGACUGCUGGAGUGAUGGACCCAUGUAUAGAAAAUGCAAAGACUGCUGCAAAGUCAAAUCUGGUUUUCAAGGGGAUAACAUCUCUAUCCAACCCUCCUGCUGUGUCCCCUGUACAACUGAUGUCACCAAUGGUAUUUUGUCAGUCAAAGUCGACAAAGGUAUUGGACAGUCUUCAGAAAUCACCUCCUUUGACUCCUGUUGACUGCUGCCCAAGCUCCAACAAUUUCUUUGCUCCAAACCAGACCACAGAUUCUGUGAAGCUAUCCAGUCCACUUUCCAAAAUGGAGCUUCAGGGGACGCUUUUACACCUAUUACAGAAUGAUGCCUCCUUCUUAAAUAUUAUCUAUGAGACCUACCUCUCAAGUUUAACAAAUAACAAGUCACAGCACAACCUUCCAAAACUGGGUGAUUCAUAAAAAAAAAAGAAAGUGUGUAAUUUUUGCAGGUGAGCUGUCUUGUGAUUUUAAAAGGUAAACAGCAGAAAUUGCACAAAACAAAAAGAAUAAUAGAUGCUUUGGCCCUGGGGCAACUUGUCUUAAGAAUUACAUGAAGAAAGGUGUUCUCAUGCCUCUUACCGUGCCUAAGCCAAGCAGAAGUGGUUCAAAGUUAAAUUUAAAUGGAUAUCAGUUUUAAAAUUACACAAUUUACAAAAGGGUGAUAACUGGACACUGCACUUUGGACUGGCUGGAUGUCUUUAGUUAUUUUUAUUAAUCCUUUAAAUUAUUACCAGGAAUUCUGCAAAGAAUGGCAUGCUUUUACAGCAAAUUAAAAAAACAGCAAUCAAUAUACCUUUCAAAGAAGGUACACUAUUGUAAUAGAACUUUGGAAAAGAUGCAAACUAACUUUUAUUAUAGAUGAUUAAGUAAAUUUUUUGCCUUUUUAUAAAUAUUUUCUUAAAUGGUGUUUUAAAAUUAUGACAAUCUAUUGAUUUUUUUACUAUUUUUUGUAAUUUGAUGCCAGGGUUUCAUGAUCUUGGUUGUAUAUAAUCAAUAAACCCUGAUGGUUGAUAGUUGGCGGUU